CCUUAUGAAACUAGGGCGCCAUCUGGUAACCAAUCGGCUCGCACCUGGUCCAUUUGUUCUUUGUCUGAAUAGCGUUGUUCUGACACUUUCGCUCGAAGUGCCUACUGUUGGCCAUUCCCAGAUAAUGGAGGCUCAACAAGUUCAAAAACGGUCGGUAGACGAAGCGGAAGCGUUACUUGAUGGUGUCUCAGCAGUUGUCGUUGACAUCGAAGGAACAACCACUUCAUUAUCGUUCGUCAAGAAAGUAUUAUUCCCUUAUAUCACUGAGAAUGUUGAAACAUACCUGAAGAACAGAUCUGAUGAUGAAGAAACAAAGGCAGACAUUUGUGCACUUCGUGAAUUGGCUUGUAAAGAUGUAGCUGAGAAGAUGGAAGGAUGCAUAGAGAUUCCAGAUGGAGAAUCUGAUGAAGUAAUCAAAUGCUGCGUUGAGAACAUCAAAUGGCAGAUGUGCCAAGACCGCAAGUCAACAGCUCUGAAGCAACUGCAAGGACACAUGUGGAGAGAGGGCUAUAAAACAGGCAAAAUCAAAGCCUCGAUUUACGAUGAUGUGGAGCCGGUGAUCACACAACUGAUAGAUGAAGGUGUGUCUGUGUAUGUCUAUUCCUCGGGGAGUAUAGAAGCACAAAAACAACUCUUCAGUCAUGUGGAGGAGGGUGAUAUCUCAGAUUUAUUUACAGAUUUCUUCGACACGACCAUAGGCAGCAAGACCGAUGACUCCAGUUAUACUGCUAUCUCGGAAAAAAUUCAUGUGGACCCUAGCCAAAUUCUUUACCUCACAGAUAACCCCAAAGAGGGUGCAGCAGCUAUGCAGGCAGGGUUCAAAAUAGCAUUGGUUAAUCGUGAGAAAAAAAACCCAUUGAUCACAAAGCAGGAUCACUGUGACUUCCUUGUGAUAUCGUCCUUUGGAGAACUCUUUGGUGAGGAUGAAAUGGACCACAAGAAACUUGAAGGAAAUGGAGACCUUGAUGCCAGCGACGAAGAAGUCGAUGACGAUGGUGCCGAGUUGGAUGAUGAUGAUGAUGACGAUGAUGAAGAUGAAGUUGAUGAGGAAGAAGAAGAUUUAGGAGAUGAUGAUGACUAGUGUGAUGGUUCAACAAGUGGUUGUUGAUACAUGGAUAAAUGUCUCAUGUUACAGUCCUCAUCACUCAUAGCCAGUCUGACAUUGCAUGUGGAGAAAAGGGUGAAUGCAUAAGAAUGAGGAAAGGAUGUGUACAACAACCGCAUAACUCACAUUGAAUUGUUUAUAUUUAGUUCCAUCAAGGGCAGGAUUAAAACAUUAAAAAAUCUUUUAUUGUUUCAAGAUGCAUCUUCUUUAAAUGAGUUGAAAUCUUGCCAUAAAAAUGAAAUCAAAUGCUCUUUCACCAACUUCGGUCUGAAAAUCUUUUUCGUCUUAUAUUUGGACAUUUUUUAUAUACUUUUUACAACUAAUUUAUUCUAUUAAUUUAUGCCUGUUGCUUAGUUUACCUACACCUUUAGGAAGCAUAAAAAAGGUUUGUUGAUCUAUUCAUUUAUAUUGAACCACAUUUGGCAAAUUAAUUUAUUUCAUUCAUGCUGUUUUUAUAUAUUUUUAAAUUUGCUGAAAUAAAAUUUGUUAGUUUCAUAUUUUAAAUUCAUGAACUCCAUUUGAACUGUGAAUUGUUAUGAUUUAUUUAUGUACAGAAUAUACAACAAUGCCUUUUGAUUUCGUUUUUUUUUCUUCUAACCAUUGGUUUAGAUCAACAGCAUUGACUGCUAGUUUAUUGAAGGUAGAAUGGCAAUUGUUGCUGUUAAAUGGCUAUGUAGGCACUGAAGUGUCAAGGCUGUUCUGGGUUUGUUCUGUAGUAGUUAUGUUUGAAGUGCUUUGGUACUUAAUUCAUACUUGUUGUGUGUGUAAGGUGUUUACUCAUAAAUACCUUCUUUGAGGCAACUAUACAUAUAUUGUUUUAUAAGUCUGUAUAACCAGUGUUCUGUGAAUGGAUCUUUCGUCCAGGGUAUCCUAUAUUUUUAUUGUUAUCAGAUGUUAAAAUAUUUUCUAUAAAAAUAUUUGUAAUAACGAAUCAAAUUUUCUCCAUCUUUGGUAUGGUUUCUCUAAUGCAGUUUAAUAUAGAUGUGCAAACCAUUGUUAUCUCUGAUGAGUAAUGAAAUUGCUUUGCUUAAUUAUUUUAGCUGGUUUCGAGAAAAAUUGAUUUAAAAAUAAUCAUUAAAACUUCUUUGCCAGGUGAAUCAGUCUUUGACUUCAACAUGUAAAUUGUUAGUGCAAAAAACUCAUGUCUGAACCCCUUCAAGCUAAUAAUUCACUCGUCACAGAAUGUCUUCAAACCAAGGGAGAUUUCUGUAGGUGCUCGUGCUGUAUCAAAUGUCAUUUGUUAAGCAGAAAUACCUGAUUGGGCAAAUAAUAUUAAAAGUUGAACUUAGAGUACAAGUAAAAACUAUGUUGAUUUCUGUUGUAAACUGAUAUUUGAACAUACUUUACACUAUUUGAAAGUUACAUAUAUACAAAUUUUGUAGUUAUGUAUCAUUAAUUCAACAGAAAUAUUCAGCAUUAUGAUACCUGUAAUCUCCAUUCAGGUUCCACUCUUGCCUUGAGUGUGAAUUUAUAAUUGAUGUUUGUUGUAUACUCUUAGUUUUAAUUAUAGGAUUUAGCAUCAUUGUUGUGUUCAAAUAUAAAUUGUAUUCAUAAUUUUGUUGGGUCAUGUGCAAAAAAAAUGAAAAAAUUAUUAGGUGCUCCGCAGGGACAGCUGGUGUUUGAUUCAAUGUGGAACAGAUGACUGGCCCAAGUCGUAUAAAGUGUGGAUUUUAGGGACGGGAAUCUGAUCCCCUUGAUUGUGUCGCACCAUAGACUUAAUCAUUUGCUGUUGCUUGGUAAAAGUUAAUUCUGUGUACCAUUUAGACUACUAAGUAUUCUCUUGCAUAUUUCGUGUGUAAAUCAAAGGAAGAUGCAGAAGAAAAGAUUCUGGAUGUUAAAUUGUAACGUCUAGAACAAGAUAUCCGCAUCAAUCCCUGUAAAUACUAAAUUCAUGGAAAUGCCUACAAUAUGUUACACAGAUCAAUGCAAGCUCUUCAUUCUGUUUGCAUGCAUAUUUACCAUUAUUUCUGUGUUAUUGAAACAGUAUGUUGAAGAAUGGCUUGCAAUAUUUUACCCCCACUGUUAAUCUUUUUACCUGAAAUUCAGAUCAAAUGAUCUUGAUAUUACAACCAUCAUGUAUUCAGUUCAGGUUAACUAUAUGUUACUUAUUUGACUUUAUUGGUCCAAUAAAUAUAGCAUAGUUAAUAAAAUUUCUUCAAUGAUUUUGAUGGUCAUGUGUAACUCAUUGGAAUAAUAUUUUUUACUGAAACAUUUUGUUCAUGAAUAACAUUUAAUAUUGUAUAAAAAUAAAAGUAGUUUUACAACUGUCUGCAAGAUCUACUUGUUAUGUGUGUAUGACUUGAAUUUAUAGGUCAUUGUAACGUAUUGCCAUGCGUCUCCAUCUGAAUGGUGUUUGAUAUAUUUAUCGUGCUGAUUUCUGUCAAUAAGAUCUCGGGACAAGUUGGAAAAUAGUCCCAAGCAGGCAGUAACUUGCAGAGUUAUGGGACUUUGAAAUUUUAAUUACAAUUGAAGCUUGUGGGGCUAAACUUGUGAGCACAAUAAAAGUGAA